AUGUUGAAAGUGGAGUUUGGAAGAGUGUACGUGGAAGACACCAACGGCCUGGGUGAUGGCAUGCUCUCCCCGGCCAUCGACGUCUAUGUUCCGGGUUCAUCGACCUUCGACGUUGAUCCAACUGUGAAUGGCGUGCCCACACAGACAGCGGUGGCAGUCGACUUCAGCGUGGCUCAUGAUGCCGGUGCCACCAUAGGUUUGGUUUGGGCAUCCAUCGGCAUCCCAAGCGCUGCUUCCGCUUUGGAUCUGGUUUCCGUGAAGGUUGCCACUGGCAUGAACUGCGGUGUUUCGGGAGAUGACAAGUACAGCUUGGUGGUCUAUGUGGAAUCCUCUGGCAACACUGGAACUUUGUCGUCUCCUGUCUCUGUCAUGGUACCGUCCUCCAAUAGCUUCUACACGGCUGGGGAGCCCAGGACCCUGCGGCCACCAAUCCAAGCACUGCAGGUGUCGACAUUACCUUUGCAACCCAUCAAGCUGGAAAUGCUUGGGGAGUUGUUGCGUCCGUGGCGGACGCCUCAACGGUCUCUGCCAGCACCAUUAAAGCGGGCACAGGCGGUGACGGCCACAACGUCCGAGACGAUGAGCUUCACCGGAUGCAGUUUGGUCAUGGAAACCACCUACAAAGCCUUCAUCUAUGUCGAGGAUGGUCUCGGCCUGGGCGAUGGCAUGAUCUCCCAAGCGGUGGAUGUGCUGCCCACGGCCACACCCGCCUCGCCCGCACCUAGCCCCCCUGCAGCGACUCCCACAUC